UCAAGCGUCAUACGUGUGCCUGAGUUGUGUUCGUUAAAAAAAUCUUUUUUUUUUAUAUAAUAAUUCCAUUUAUUUACGAUUUAACAGAAUUUAAGUGUAACAAGUAACAUUUAGUGAUUGUUUGAUAACUUUUGCUCGAUAUCUAAAAUGUGAUCAACCAUAAUGACUGAGUUCGCGUAGUGCCUUGAAAAGUUUUUAACCGAUUUCAAAGUUUUGUGAAGUGGUUUUUUCGCGCAUAUAUCUUGUCUUUACAUAAUAUGAGCGAAUUUUAUGUCAUUGGCGAUCGGAAUUUAUCUCCAGUGUGAGUUGAUGCGGUGACAAGUGACAAGAUGGACGCGGCGGACAAGCGCAUGCUGGAGCGCGAGGCGCUCCGGAACAUGAUACAACAGUGGAACGCCAAUCGUCUCGACCUGUUUGCACUCAGCGAGCCCAAUGAAAAUUUGGAGUUCCACGGUGUGAUGCGGUUCUACUUCCAGGAUUUGGGUCAGAAGAUAGCAACGAAGUGUAUCCGUGUCGCCUCCGACGCCACAGUUAGCGAUGUCAUAGAAACUCUGAUCGAGAAAUUCCGUCCGGACAUGCGCAUGCUGUCGCUGGGCUCGUACUCGCUGUGGGAGACGCACGGGCCCGACGACGAGCGCCGCCUCGAGCCGCACGAGAAGCCUCUGCUGGUGCAGCUCAACUGGCACGCCGACGACCGCGAGGGACGCUUCCUGCUCAAGUGCCUUAGCAACAACGAGGUGCCUAUAUCAUCAGUGAGUGAUAAAGGUGACCAAAAUUUCAAGAGAAAACUAUCGAAAAGAGAAAAGAAAGAACUGAAAAAGAAAGAGAAAUUAUCCAGACUGAAGUCGGACACCAACGACGAAAAUAGACCUGUCGCCGAGAAACUAUACACCGAGUUGCCGGAGACGUCGUUCAUGCGCAGCAUCAGUAACCCGGAGGCGGUGAUGCGCCGCCGUCGCCAACAAAAGCUCGGCCGUAAGUUGCAGCAGUUCAAAUCUAAGGACGGAGGUCCUGACACAGGUGGCACAUUGAGGAUAUACGGCGGCAUCCUCCGCCCGGACGUGUCGUACAUCACGCUGCUGCUGUCGGUGAACGACUCGGCGGCCACGGUGCUGCGCGAAACGCUCGACAAGUACGGCAUGGCGCACCAGGACCCGCUACAGUACUGUAUCGUCCAGGAGGACAAGUCGGACAAUUCGGAGUACAUACUGGAGGACGACGAGUGUCCGCUCGCGUUGAUGAACAUGACUCGCAGCUCCAUAAUGUUUCACGUGCGGCGGCGGCCGGCUGACGCGCAGCCUCGGCGCAGGAAGAAGAAGGCUGGCUCCGGCGUGGGUACCGGCGGCCGGCCCGGCAGCGAGCCCAUGCUGCUCGAGGUGGCGCCCGACGCCUCGCCGCUCGAGAACGGGCGCAGGGUGCGGAUCAACGACGUUGUCGAGGUGGGAUCCGGCAAUGGCACAACACUGCAACUGUACGGGCCGUCGAUCCAGCCUCGGCAUUGCGUGGUGGCGCCGGCAGAGGGCGGCGGCUACACCGUCACGCCUCUGCACGCGGACGCGCACGUCUACGUCAACGGGCAACGGGUCAUGCACACGCAGCGGUUACAGCACGGCUGUCUGCUCAAGUUCGGGCGCGUGUCGACGUUCCGCUUCGUGGACCCGGCGCAGGAGAACAUCAUCAAUAGAAACCUCGCGCAGUCGCAACACUUCGGCUCGGGAUCCAUAUACGAUCGCUCGCCGACGUCCGCCGGCGAGAACAGCGGCGCCAUGUCGCCCGCGUCGGUCGCGUCGCGGCCCUCCGACGCGCUCGACGCGAACGCGAACACCACCGGCGACACCGACUACAUGCGCACCAUGAGCCCCGUCUCGCACGACACCUACUACCGCGACGGGCACGACGCGCGACACGACGCGCGACACGACGCACGGCACGCCGCCGACACCACGCCGUACAACAACAACACGCUCAAACUGGACAACGAGUCGCUCAUGAUGUCUCAGCAUCUGAGCGACUCGAAGGAUGAUUACACUAAAGACGACAUAUCCGGCUCCGUGUACAACGAGCAAGAGCCGAGCGUGAACACUACGCGCACGCCCACCUCACAAUACAAAGACAACUACGAGACCACGUUCGAUUUAGACGGAAACGUUGAGACUAAGAGCAUCUGUAGCGCCAAGAGCGGCGGCUCGGGACACGACAACAGGAUGGUGGGGCGGCCGGCGCAGGAGGCGAUCCUGCCGGCGGUGCUGGAGUUCCCGGAAGCGGGACAGGCUCAGUUCCUGUCCGCCGUCAUCACCAGGCUCGACCCGCACGCGCCCGCAUUCAAACUUGCCCCCGUUUACACGCUGUACUUGUGCGCGAGAUACCGCGCGUCGACGCACUACCGGCCCGAGCUCACGCCCAACGAGCGCGCGCACAAGCUCACCGCCUUCCUGCACCACGUCGCCACGCUCAUACACGCCACCGUACAGGAACGUGCAAAAGAUUCGGCGGCGCAAGCGUUUUGGAUGGCUAAUGCCAGCGAGCUGCUACAUUUCCUAAAAUUUGACCGCCAUAUAUCCUCAUUUUCGACACAGGCGCAAGAAGUUUUAUUGAUGACAGUGCAAAAUGCUUUCAGCAAUCUAGUGUCUUGCUUCCAAAAUGAGCUGUCCCGCGCGCUCGACACGCUGACGAGCGGCGGCGGCGCGGGCGCGGGGGCCGGCGGCGCGCCCGCGGGCGACGCCAACGACGCCACCGCGCCCACUGUGCAGGCGCUGGCCGCCGCCAUGGUGCUGCUGCGCCGGUGCCGCGUCAACGCCGCGCUCACCAUACAACUCUUCUCACAUCUUUUCCACUACAUCAACGCGUUCUGUUUCAAUAAGCUGAUAUCAGAGCCGGGGUCGGUGAGCGCACGAUGGGGCGCGGCGCUGUCGGCGCGUCUGGCGCAGCUCGCCUCCUGGGCCGAGCGGCAGGGGCUCGAGCUCGCCGCCGACUGCCACCUCGCGCGCACGCACCAGGCUGCGCGGCUGAUACAGGGCGAGUAUCGGACAGGCGAGGAGGUGUGCGCCGCGCUGGCGACGUGCUUUAAACUAAACUCGGCGCAGGUGCGCGCGUUACUGGCGCCGCUCGUGACGCCCGACGUGCUCGAAGCUGCCGUCGCGCACGCGCGCGCGCUCGCGGACGAACUGUGCCGCGCCGACGGACGAGAGAUCGAGGCUGAGGAGCGUUGGUGGCUGGGUGCGGGGCUGCUGAUUCCAGCAGACGGGUUCAGUGCGGAAGUGGUGCGCGGCGUGCCGCCAGGGCUAGCAGAGUUCGUGGCGCCGCUGCAGCGCGGCGGGCUAUGUCGGUUGGCGCUGCAGGCGCAUGCGCCGGGUGCGUGGACGGUGUACAUGCCACCGCCCGCAGCGACGCGCCCGCGCGCCCCGCCCGCGCCGCCGCUCUCUAUCGUGCAUCUACAUAAAAACUCUAACGGCAUGGGGCUCAGCAUCGUCGCCGCCAAGGGCGCGGGACAGAGCAAGCUAGGCAUUUACAUCAAGUCAGUUGUGCCUGGUGGAGCGGCCGCAGCGGACGGGCGGCUGGCAGCCGGCGACCAACUGCUUUCGGUUGAUGGACAGUCACUCGUCGGCAUCACACAAGAAAAGGCAGCAGAAUACCUCGUGAGGACUGGACCUACUGUCACGUUAGAAGUGGCAAAGCAGGGCGCCAUGCUUCACGGAUUAGCAACUCUACUUCAUCAACCCGCAUAUAAUCAACGACAAGACGAGGAGGUGCAGUUCGAGGACCGCGCGCGCCGCAACUCGGGCACGUUCAUCAACCCGCACCCCGCGCUGCUCAAGCCCACCUCGCCGCUCACGGAGCUCGCCACUGCAGGAUAUGGUCGUCGUCCUUGUAAUUAUCGAUGUCAACUUUUGAGGGACGAGUCCACUGAGUCCAGUACGGAUGACAGCGAGGACUUCACGCCGCAGUACCAUGGCUCCAUUCCCAGACUAAUAAUAACUUUAGACAGAGAAAACGAUCAAUUACGAGAAGAUUUAUCGCCCGACACGCCGGGUUGUCCGAUCGAGUUGAAGACCGGUCAACCGCCGCGACCUAUACCGGUGUUUACGUUCACGUGUGAAGACUUUGACGAGAAGCAUCCCAGCAGCGACACGACCGCGGAGGACACGCAUGCGUCGACGGAGAACCUUAUGCCAUGUGUGCCCACUCCGCCCGCACCGCCCACGCCGCCCACACCGCCCGCGCACUACGAGUACAGCGGCGAGCGCGCCGACAGCGGCGACAGCGACGCGGGCCUGCCGCCGCAGAUGAGGCCCAUCGACACCAGGCUCACGCUCGACCUGUUCAACAUGCGCGCCAAGGACGGCGACGCAUUCCGCCGCCGCUGUACCGCCGUCGACGAAUGCGUCAGCGCGUGCGAGUGCUGCCGCACGCCGCAGCCAGAGACGCAGCCGAUACCAUUCAUCGACGAGCCCAAUUCCGAACCGGUCAUAUUUGAAAAUGACGGAAUCCCUGAAAACAUCGGCACGCCUAAAAUUAGGAGAAUAUUGCCGUCUCUAUCACUUGACAAGCCGGAUGACAAGAAGCCGGAAACUGCCGAUGCGAUCUGCCAAACUCUUUCAUCCCCUUUGGAUUCGGAACCGAAACCAUCAUCCACAUUACUUGUAGGACCCAGACUUGACGUCAAAUUAGAUAUCGCCCGAGAAAGUAAAAAAAUAGAAGACGUUCAGUGCCGUCUCCGAAGGUCAUUAUUUACGAUGUCUAAAUCUUAUUCAAGCAAAUCCGAGGAUACAGAGAUUCCGUCCACAUACUCGACAUCUCAGUCUUUCGACGACACGACCGAUGACAAACCCGAAACUAAAGCUGUCGUUCAAACGCCAGUGGAAAUAGGUGCAAAAAAGAUAUUGGACAGUGCCGACAGAAAAUCUUGGAAAUCACCGGAUGAAUUUAGACCGGCAUUCGGGAAAGUGAAAGCUUUAACUAAACACUUCAAUGCUAUCAAUCUCACGUAUAGUGUCAAAGUUUACAAACGAAAUUGUCAAUCUAGUCCUAAUCUCAGCACGUGCGGUAAGAAAGCUAGUAAAAUUAUUGACUCGAUCCCAAUGAGUGUCAGUUUAGCAGACAUACAAUAUGAGACGGAAAAAACUGAAACAACCGAAUCGAAAGGUGCAAAAAUGUCCGAUGACGAAGUAAAAAGCAUACUCAUCCAGUUAGAAGACUGGUCCAGAUAUGGUUCGCGGGGCAGCGAGGACACUCUGGCGCAAGGUAAUGAGUUUGAGCUACCCAAUUUGCCGGCCGAGGAACAGACUGAGGGCGCACUCAACGGAUACAUUUUUAACGAAAUCGUCGAUAAAAAACCGAGGAAGAUCACACUUGAUAAUAUAAGACUAAAAUCAAAUCAAUCCAGUGUGAAUUCGGAUCAAAUAAAAAGGAGCAAAGAAUCUUUGGGCCGAAGCGAGAGUAUAUACAAAUUGAAUAAAGAUGACUCCCCAUCAGAGGCGCCGCGACAGGCGACACGCGCAUCGUCGUCGGGCGACGUGUGUGUUGCGGCGGCGGAGUGCGGCGGCGCGCUGGCGCUGAGCUGGCCGGACGUGCGGCCCGCGCCGGGCACGGGUGGGGUCGCGGGUGGGGUCGCGGGCGGGGGCGCGGUGCGGCGCGCGUCGGAGCGCGACCUGCCGGCGCGGCUGGCGGCCGAGCCCGUGAAGCCGAGCAAGAGCACGCCCGCGCUGCACCACGCCGCCUCGCCGCCGGUCACCAUGCCGCACACCACGUCGAUGAGUCCCGGCGCGGCGGGCUCUCCGAGCGCUUGGCCCAGCAAGUCGCGGAGCAGCCACAACCUGUCCACGCCGGCGCACCACGACGGCUUCUACCAGAACCUCUCCACCGUGCACUCGCAGCAUCACGCGCUACAGGAUAGAUGGUCAUCUCUACGCAGCUCGACGGGUAGCAACCGGCCCCAGUCGGCGCACUUCUCUGCCGCCACACAGGAGCAAACUCCGGAUUCUCCCUCACACCAGACGGCGCAGUCGAGUGCGAUGAGCGCGCGCGCCGCCAAGCUGGCGGAGAUGUCGGAGGAGGCGGCGCGCCGACACGCGCCGCACCAGCCGCACCGCCCGCCCGCGCUGCUGCCGCACCACCACCCGCAGUACAACCACCACGCAUACGGACAACAACCGCAACCGCAAUCGCAAGGACCGCAGACAUCACAAUAUCAACACCAGCCGCACCAGCACCAGCAAAUGCAGCAACACCAACAUCAACAACAACACCAGCAGUUGCAACAACAACAUCAACAGUUGCAACAACAACAGCAGCAGUUGCAACAACAGCAGCAACAGUUGCAACAGCACCAACAGUUACAGCAACAGUUGCAGCCGGCGGGUUCACCGCACGCGCCUCCGCAUUCGCAUCAACAGAUAUACCAGCACAUACAACCACCAAGGUACGAAUGGCACCCACCAGGCCCGCCAUCGCCUCAAAGAUCUCAACCGCCCGUCGCUCCCAAACCGCAGACUAUCCGGCGAACGGACAUGGAAAUGGAGGAGCAAAUACAUCAGACGCUUGCCUCAUCUCCGCCGCAGUCGACCAGCUCCGUACAGCCGGAUGACGAGCGGUACGUGGCGAGCGCACUGGAGCCCCCGGCGGUGUCGGUGUACCUUGCGGGCGGGCCAGGCGCCGCAACCCGGCCUGCGCCCGCGCACAACCCCUGGCAGCGCGAAGAGCGCGAGCGGCAAGUGGAGGCCAUGCGAGCAGCUGCACGGCUUAGAAGGGACGCGACGAUCGCGCACCUGGUGUCACUGGGGGGCGCGCGUACCGCCAUGCAGAGCCAGCAGCUGCGCUCACUGCAGCUCGAGCGCGAGUUCGAGCUGCGCGCUACCAUGCACGACCAGGAGGAAGGCGGUGCCGCAGAGGACGGUAUAGAAGAAGAGCGUCGCUCGCCGUCGCCGCGCAGUGAAACCGAGCGCGCUCCCUCCGCCCCCGCGCCCGCCCCUGCCCCCGCACACACUCCGCUCGCGCCCGUCUCCUCGCCGCACCCACCCAAAUCAAUACUCAAGACUAACACGCGCUCAGAAAUUACCAACGGAUAUGUUCAUGAAACGACAUAUGAAGAGAGUAGCCGCAUGUCAGAAAUGAGUACAGCCAUGUCCGGCCUCAGCAUGAAUUCAGCCGCCAGCAGCAGUAACGUGGCUGUGGCGGGCGCGGGCGCGUCGGGUGCGCCGGCGCCGCCCGCGCGCGGCUCCUCGUUCGCGGUGAUGGCAGAGCGAGCGCGCGCGCUGUCGCCUCCGCGCCCCGACCGCACACCCAUCGACGCUGCGCCGCCACCACAAUCCCCAGUGAACACGACCCGCGAUAAGCGCGUGUCGUUCCACGAGCGCGCGCAGAGUGCCGCUCCACCGCAGCCGCAGCCGUCGCCGCCGGCACCGCCCGCUCCCCCCGCACCGCCUACCUCUUCCCCGCCGCCACUUCACGACACUCCGCCCAGAGAGGAUCCUGAUCGUUUCAUAGAGGAAGCGGAGAAUAUGCUGGCGAGCCCGGUGUCGCCGACGACACCCGUGUCGCCGUCGGGACCAGUGACACACACGCCCGGAGUCAUCGGCGCGCAAGAGGUUUACAGGGACCCGCGCACGCGCCGCCUGGCGGAGCAGCGCGCACGCGCCAGCGCCGCGCCCGUGCCCGAGCAGCUCUCCUUCAAGGAGAAGAUGAAGAUGUUCGCGCUCGAGUCCGGCGAGGCCACCACGCCCAAGGACAAGGUAAAAAUAUCACGCGCGCAGCGAGACAUUGAUGCGGUCCACUGAGGAGCAGAUUAUAAUCCAUUAUCUACUUAUUAGUUUUAGCAAAUUUGUUGUAUAAUCAUGUGGCAAUCGUGACUGAAUGUUACAUUUAAUAUUUCAGUAUUAAAUUAGUUCAUUGAUACCCGGUAUGUACGUUCCAUGUUAUAUGCCAAGAGAUCAGAGAUAAUUUGACACGAAUAUUUUAAGCUGUAAAGUGUAAAGCCGAUCGUCCACCGCCAACUAAACUAAGUUUAGCUUAGCUCGCAUAGUUGAGCCAGUUUUUUUAUACAUGUGGUAUAGUUUGUGGUGGACCGACAAGUGUAAAAAACUGGCUCAACUAUGCUAGCUAAGCUAAACUAACUUAGUUUAGUUGGCGGUGGACGACCUGCUUAAGUGUCGAGCGCGGCGAAAUAUUUUGACAAUUCUGGGUCCACUGAAUAUCUUUGUCAAAACCUAGCACCAAUUUACGAAUCGUAGGAAUUAAGACAGUCGGACGACGAUAUCUUUAUGAAAAUUAAUUUUGAUUGAUGUAUACACCAUUUCGCCUUAGCAGCUAGUGCAAUGAAGCUUUCGGAGCAGUAUGUAAAAUGUCAAAAAUUAUAAUUGAAAAUUAUAAUAUAUUAUUAUAAUAUUAUACAGAGAAACUGUGGAGAAUUUCGUGCCACAUUUAAAUUGUGGACGUAAAUUUGUGUUAAAACUUAACGUGCCAUCGUUACAGUAUAAUAUGAUAUAGUAAUUAUAUAAAUUAAUAUUUUGUAUCACGAUAGAGGAUUAUUCUCAAGGAGGACCAAUAUAAAAAAUAAAUCGGUGGGUGCCUUCUGUGUAUGUACCUUAGUAGUAUUUUUACGAAAUAUCAAAAAUAUAUGUCCUAAACUACUCAUUUUCUUUUGUCAGUUAUAAAUCUUCGUUACAUUCCAAAGAAUAUGAAUAUUUUAUUUUCUUUAUCGAUAAAGCAUUCCUUUCGAGCCUUAUAUUGUUGUACGCCGUGUGUGACACGGCUAUUAUAUUGUAUACUCAUUAUACAUAUCGUGCAAACUGUAAACCUGACCCAAACAACAAAAAGCAAUAAAUCAUUGUGAAGCCUUUAUUGUAAAUAUAUAACCUAAGUUACUUAUGUACUUUGUAAGCACAUAUUUGUGCCAAAAUCGUGUACUUUUAUAGAAAAUGUACCCGUUAAGGAGAAUAUUAGGAACUCAUUUCCCUACGGCAGCUACACUACAUAGCUUAUUAGUCAGAAUCGGUAAUCAGUCGAAGAUGAAGGUAGUGUCGGUGACAACUCCUUGUAUUCUAAUGGCGACGCUACACGGCGGGAAGUAACUGCGCAUGGGCCGCGCGUGUGGCGCCACCGCGAGAAAGUUUUGUGCGCUUAUCGGUUGCUACUAUUUGAUCAUUUGGUUAACAUUUCACAGCACCAAUUUAAUGUAUAUAAAUGUAGUUAACGAAACCUUUAUAUUAGAUUAAGAUUUUUUGUACACCUGUUUGUAUAUGUAAAUGUUUAUUUAAAGAUUAUAUCAAGAGUUUACAUAAUAUUAACUAGGUAUGCGCGGCCUAUUUAAAGGUGACAUUAGCUUAGUCCCUGAGAAUUGAUUUACAUAAAUUCUCAGUAUUCACCCAACGAUAGUCAAUUAGCAAGAGAUAUCGAGAUUUAUUUGUAGAUUGAGAAUUAAUUAUUUUUAUGUACAUAAUUAAUAACUACACUAGAACAGUAAACGGUUCCAGUCUAUAAAGUUUAGAAGUUAAAUCGGUAUAGUGUUUUAAUAUUAACUAUUGUAUUUCAUCUAUUUGAAAAUAAAUAAAUUAACGAUCCA